UCCAUUAAUACGACCUCUCAAAAUACUACCAUGGCAGCUGCUUUCCAGUCACCUUUCUCUCCGGCCAUGGACAAAGCCAUCAGCGGCUUCACCAUCAUCAUCCUCUUCAUAACCAUGAUCUCUCUAGGCUGCACGAUGGAGGUGUCCAAGAUCAAAGCCCAUAUUGUGCGUCCCAAAGGCGUGGCCAUCGCGGUUGUGGCCCAGUUUGGCAUCAUGCCCCUCACAGCUUUCAGCCUGGCUAAGAUCUUCCAGCUGUGUCCAGUCGAGGCAGUCACGGUACUCAUCUGUGGAUGCUGCCCUGGUGGGAACCUGUCGAACAUUUUUGCUUUGGCUCUCAAGGGUGACAUGAACUUGAGUAUUGUGAUGACCACAUGCUCCACAGUCUUGGCCCUGGGCAUGAUGCCCCUUCUCCUUUACCUGUACUGCCAAGGCUUUGCCAAUCUGGCGAAUGCUGUUCCUUACACCGGCAUUACUAUAGCGCUUAUCAUGACACUGGCACCCUGCGCUAUUGGAAUUGCCAUUAACCACUGGUUUCCUCGAUACUCUCAAAUAAUAAUAAAGGCUGGACUUACUAUCCUGUUGAUCGCAUCUGUGGCGAUUGGAGUCAUGUCUGGCAUUACCAUUGGAGGAACAGUGUGGGUGGUGCUCUCUCCUCAACUGAUAGGAGUGGCCUGUCUGAUGCCUCUAAUUGGCUACCUGCUGGGAUACAUCCUGUCAACCAUUUUCAGACAAAAUGGACAAUGCAGAAGAACCAUCUCCGUGGAAACGGGCUGCCAGAACAUCCAGCUGUGCUCCACAAUUUUGAAAGUGGCAUUUUCCCCGGAGGUUAUUGGACCGCUGUAUUUGUUCCCACUCAUAUACAUCAUAUUCCAAGGGGGUGAAGCGCUGUUACUCAUCAUUCUGUUCAGGAUCCACCAAAGACUCAAACCCUCAAAAAAAGAAAAACCUGUGUACUUGGCUGUGGAUCCCAAACUGGAGGAGAUGAAGGGGCCAUAA